CAGCCUAUGAUCUGAGCUUUAGUGAGGUCAGAGGAGACUCUCUGGUCAUUCUGUGGGAAGCUCCGGUUUAUGCUGGAGCGAGUGCUGUCACCGGAUACUUUGUGGACAUGGCUGAUAAAGGCUCAUCUGAGUUUGUCACUCUGAAUAAGGAAGCUGUGAGCCAUCGAUACCUGCAGGUGACUGGACUGGAGGAAGGUAAAAGUUAUGUCUUCAGAGUUUGUGCUGUCAAUGCAAACGGGGUUGGGAAAUCUUCUCAGCUGUCUGAGCCAGUCUGUGCCAAAGCUCUUCCAGGCACUAAGGAGAUAGUGGCCGGUGUGGACGAGGAGACUGGAGACGUUUUUCUGUCUUUGGAGGCCUGUGAGAUCUGUGAGACGUCUAAGUUUGUGUGGUCGAAGAACUACAAACCCAUUGGUGACUGCGCCAGGGCCACCGUCACAGCAAAGGGCAGAACCUCCAGACUUACUUUCACCAACCCUGAUAAGGAUGAUUUGGGCAGAUACUCUGUGGUCGUCACUGACACAGAUGGUGUUUCUUCCAGCUACACUCUGACUGAGGAUGCCUUGAAUACCAUGCUUGAGCUCAGCUACGCCAUCAAACAUCCCAUCGUUCCUCUCAAACACAAUCUCAACUAUGAGAUUUUGGAGAAAGGACAUGUGCGUUUCUGGGUCCAGGCUGUCAAGCUGUCUCCAUCCGUGUCCUACAGGUUCAUUGUGAACGACAAAGAAGUCACCAGUGGGGAGGUAUAA